UUGCUUGAAAAAACAUUUGGACGUGGAGUUAUCAAUCCUUUCAGGGUUGCGUUGCCAGAGAAAGAGGUACCUCCACCAGUGCCAUCUGACCUCACUACAACUCGCUCGGCGCUUUUCGGCAGGUCGUUACCAAACCUUCACGGUGGAAGUAUGACUGCACCUCCCGAUGUGGUGACUCCACCUUCGCAUCGUUCAUCCGUUCCAAGCAGAGCACAGCCGCCAGGCGAACAGCCAAGAUCACAGCCAUCAUAUGGUCAGUGUACUUUUAAAACGACGAAUUCUCGAAACAGUUGUCGAAGUUACUUCAGUGGUGACAGUGCUCAUAUAUCUCCAGAUCGAGGAGAAGCAGCAUCAGGCGACGUUGUCGACGAUUCCGAUGGCGAAUACACGGAUGACCAACCGUCAACGAGUUCUGGAAGUAGAUCUCGAAGAAGCGCUCGGCAUAGUAAAAUGUCUCAAGACGACAUUUCAUGCCUUGAUUAUUUGACACGGUUGAGACUAUCAAAGCUUAUGGACGAGAAUUCGAAGUGGCAGCAGCUCGCUACGGAGCUCGGCUGUUCUCAUAUGAUUGAAUUGAUUUCGAUCUGUUCCGACGACACCAGUCCAACGAUGAUUCUGCUCGAUCAGUUCGAGCAAAUGCCCGAAGCUAAGAUCUCUCGCGUCCGCUCGGCCCUGCAUACGCUUCGAGAAGAGGAGUCAGUGAAGCUGAUUGAUGACAGAUUCAUCUAUUGA